CGUCGGAUGCCGCCGCGGCGCGCUCUGCAGACUCCGGGUCGCCGCUCCGCCGGGACGCGUUGGUCCGGGGCGCGGGGUUCUUGGCUGCGGCGCUCACACUCAUGAGGAGCCGGAAGCUCACAGGUGCAGUGCGGUCUUCGGCGCGCUUGAAAGCACGAAGUUGUUCGGCAGCCGGGUUGGCCUCUGCCCAGGAAGCCGCUGGUUCCACGUCUGCCAAGACAGCAUGUCUGACUUCCUCAUCCCACAAAGCCACAGACAGGCGAACGUCCAAGAAGUUCAAAUGUGACAAAGGUCAUCUUGUGAAGUCAGAAUUACAGAAGCUUGUCCCUAAGAAUGACAGCGCUUCUUUGCCAAAAGUGACACCUGAGGCCCCUUGUAAAAAUGAGUUUGCUGAAAGCAGUGCCUUGCUUCCAGGCAGCGAGGCUGGCGUUUCUGUGCAGCGGGGGGCUGCAAGUCUUCCCCUCGGUGGCUGCCGAGUUGUGAGUGACUCUCGCUUAGCAAAGGCUAAAGACGGCCUGUCCGUGCCGAAGCACAGUGCUGGGUCAGGAGCAGAAGAAUCCAAUAGCAGCUCCACUGUGCAGAAGCAGAACGAGCCAGGGCGAGAGACAGAGGACGUGCAGAAGCCACCACUUCAGAUGGACAACAGUAUCUUUCUGGAUGACGACAGCAAUCAGCCAAUGCCCGUGAGCCGGUUCUUUGGAAACGUUGAGCUCAUGCAGGACCUCCCACCUGCGUCUUCAUCGUGUCCUUCAAUGAGCAGACGAGAGUUCAGAAAAAUGCAUUUCAGAGCCAAAGAUGAUGAUGAUGAUGAUGAUGAUGAUGAUGAUGAUGAUGCAGAAAUGUAGAGGCCAUACAAAAUGAUGUCCUUGCCCUAUUUCAUACCAUUAACAAUGUGACAGUUUAGCACAUUACAAGGUUUAUAUAAAAUGUAUCUCCAAGAGAAUGUCCUUAUCACACUUCAGAACUGACCCAUCAAAGUCAAUAGUGCAAAGCACUGAAUACCUGUGGACGAUACACUCAUGGGAACUCAAAGUCAGACAGUCUUUGAGGUUGCAAAGCUGCUGUACUGUGCCAAUGUACUUUCUUUUUUUUUUUUUUUUUUUUUUCUUGCAGACAGAGUUUCUUUCUUGUCGCCCAGGCUGGAAUGCAAUGGCGCCAUCUCGGCUCACUGCAACCUCCACCUCGCGGGUUUAAGUGAUUCUCUUGCCUCAGCCUCCUGAGUAGCUGAGAUUACAGGCGUGCGCCACCAUGCCCAGCUAGUUUUUGUAUUAUUAGUAGACACAGGGGUUUCACCAUGUUGGCCAGGCUGGUCUCAAACUGCUGACCUCAGGUGAUCCGCCUGCCUCAGCCUCCCAAAGUGCUGGGAUGACAGGUGUAAGCCACCAUGCCCGGCCAGUGUCCUUGUACACAUACAUACAUGGUGAUGGCUUGAGUCAGCUGCAGGGCAGUGGGCUCAGUGAGAGGGAUUUUUGUAAAGACAGCUCUUCACUUCAGCUCAGUAGCUUUGGUCAUAGGCAAGUUUGUUUUCCAUUAUCAUAAUUUGAUCAUACUUGUGAUGAAUUCAAUGCUAGUUCUUAAAGAACUCUUAUUUCUGUAUGCAGAGCUAACGUUUACUUUGGAAAUUUUGCAAAAUACACGUAAGAAAGAAAUAAAAUAUAUUUUGAAAAUA